CCCCUGCUCCAUGUGGCCCCCCUCAACACGCCACUCCAGGCACGCCUCGAGACAUUGGGCGUGAUCUGGCACAUUGUGUCCAUUCCCGUGUUUGCAUGCUCGUUCCUCGGGUUUCUCUCGUUAGGAUGGGUGUUCUGGUUGGUGGUGAUCCUCCCCUACUUCAUCUGGUGGUACGGCUUCGACCUCCACACCCCCACCAACGGAAAAGCCGUUUAUCGUGCCCGUAACUGGAUCAAAAACUUCAUUGUGUGGGAGUGGUUUGUCAACUACUUCCCCAUCCGCGUACACAAGACGUGCGAGCUCGAGCCCACAUUCACUGACGUGUUGGUGGAGAGCGAGGAGCCGGCUGACGACGAGGAGGAUCUCAUCUCCGAGGACUCCCGCACCUUGAUCGACAAGAUCUUCAAGAAAUUGGGGCUCAGCAAGCGUCUUAACGACAUAGACUCGUCGUCGCCUCCACCUGGAAACUCCAGCUCCUUGACUCCCACCAAGCUCAAGAAGUACAAGCGUUUGUCAACAGGCCCCAGGUAUAUUUUUGGUUACCAUCCGCACGGAGUCAUCUCCAUGGGGGCAAUGGGUGCGUUCGCCACCAAUGCCCUUCGGAACGAGCCCUACGAGCCUCCAAUGAAGUGGUUGAAACCAUUCUUCCACGAUCCUUCCAAGGGAGAACGCAUUUUGCCGGGUCUCGGCAAUGUUUUUCCCUUGACAUUGACCACCCAGUUUACCAUCCCGUUCUAUCGUGAUUACCUCUUGGGUCUUGGCUUGAGCAGUGCUUCUGCCAAAAACAUCAAGAGCUUAAUCAAUAAUGGCGACAACUCCAUCUGCUUGGUGGUGGGUGGGGCCCAGGAAUCCUUGUUGAACGAUAUGGUCACCAACCAGUACAAGGUGGGUUACGGGUACAAGGACAAGAGGUUGAAAAAUCCAGAUAAGACUCACCAUAUAGACGAAAAGCCGAUGGGCACCGUGCAGGGAGACGAUACAACCAUCAAGAUCAAAAAUAACCAAUCUCAGACCUCGGAAGAACAGGAAGAGUUGACAUUCACAGGAAAGCCCGUCCCCACAAAAAGACAAAUCCAGCUUGUUCUCAACAAGCGUAAAGGUUUCGUUAAGCUUGCCAUUGAGCUAGGAAAUGUCUGUUUGGUUCCAGUAUUUGCAUUUGGUGAAGUGGACAUUUACAAGUUGAAUAUUCCAAAACCCGGUUCUUGGGGCUACACUUUUCAAAGGUGGAUGAAAUCUACUUUCCUGUUCACCCUUCCAUUUUUCAGUGCUCGUGGUGUUUUCAUUUACGAUUUUGGUAUUGUCCCUUACAGAAACCCCAUCAACAUUUGUCUUGGAAAACCAAUCCACAUUCCAGCCAACUGCUUGGCUGACUAUAAAGCUAAACAUCCCGAAUUUGAGAAUUUGGAUGCUGUAUCAUCAACAGACCCAAAUCACCCCGACUAUGACCUGCAAAAGGUACUUAGGUCAAGAUCCAUAACAAACUUGUUCAAGAUCAACAACCAGCCCAAGAAGUCUUCAGUGAAGACCAAGAUUCCUCCUGAAUUGUUGGACCGUUAUCAUAAAUUGUAUAUCGACGAGUUGAAGAGAGUGUACGAAGAUAAUAAGGAAAGGUUUGGUUAUGGAGAUGUUGAAUUGGUCAUUAAGGAGUAG